UGCUUUGUGAAAAAUGGGAUUUCUUCACUAGUGAAGAACUAGGAAUGUCGUUGACUUAUUUUGCAAUGGUUUAAUGUCUCUUCUCGGAUUUGCCCACAGAUGCUACUACAGUUAUCUUUAUUGUUUUAUAUUGCUUUACAAUGCAACAGAAAAACUCGUGCUUACUGGAAUAAACACUACGCUUGGGGUUCAAACGGGAGUGAUGAGAUUUUAUUGAUAAUUAUCCUUAGUUAACUCAUUCACAAAUAAUUCAUUAAUUAUUACAACUCUAAAUGUGUAGAAUGGCGAGUUCACCUCGAGUUUUCAACAGAAACUUGUCGUUUUAUUUCUGGGCUAUAAUAGCACGGACUGAGAAUCGGGCUGUGACACCCAGUCAAAUCGUACAGUUGUACUGUAUCAGAAAGCACAGCUCCCUGUUCUGCUUUACUUUUAAAAGGGAUACGUUAGAAGGAACGCAUUAUCUGAACGGCAUAAAAACACGAAAGGGAGAUAUCUGCUGUUCAUGCACCGAAAUGUGAUUGUAACGAACAUCACCGCUACUUUGUAAUUCCCUGUCAUGUUCCGCUCCUGCAGCGCCGCUUUCGUCUCAUUAACAUAGCUGAACUCCGAUUUGCCUGAGCUGACCACACCUCCGCUAGCCCCUUGUGUCAUGGACCGGCCUUUGAGGCUCCUGCUCUCAGGAUUGAUUUAACCUUUCUCGCAGGGAUAGGGAGUAGCAUCUUCUCAGCGGGGCUGCAGAUAUCCUCAACAUCGGGCUUGAUAACAUUUCAGAUUUAUUGAUUCGGGCAUCUCUUCAUUAAAUUUUGUUCUUUUUGAAUAACGAUUGCCUCCCUAAACAUGAACCUCAGCAUCUCAGAUCCAAACAUGCAUUCCUCCAGCGCAAACUAUCUGGAGGAGGACAAAGGGGAAAUCCUCCAUUCGUCCUUCAGAAAAAAUCUGUAUGACGGCUCUCUGAAUAUGUACUCGAAUGGAUCCAUCAUUUCUCAGCUUUUGCGUAAAACCAUUCAGAGUAAGAGAGCUCUGGAGGAGGGUGUGUUCUUCUUGCCUGCCACUGCGGUCUCCAGCUGCACCAUGGGAGAUUCCGCCCAGGAGGACAGAAGCAGCAGCUCAUCCAAAGACAGCACCCUAGAGCCACUUUCCCCAGGUAGCCACACUUCUACCACAGCCAGCCCCGAGGGUGACCGACCACUGAAUGAGCACCACCAAGCCAAGCGGGCCAGGGUGGAGAACAUCAUCAGAGGCAUGGCAGGAUCUCCUAACGCAAAGACGCCUGGAGAAGGAGACAGGAGUGAAACUGGUGGGGAUAUAAGGGAGACCUACCGGGAAAACAAAAGGAAGCAGAGGCUCCCCCAGCACCAGAACCACAGCCUCAGUGGUGGAGCCAGCAGACCCAACAGUAAAGAUGAAGAGUGCCAUAAGCUGAAAGAGCAGCUGCAGGCCAUGCAAAGACACCUGAGGCAGCUCCAGGAGAAGUUCUUCCAAGUUUAUAAUGUGAGUGAGCUGGAGCAUGAGGACCGGGUGGAGACAUACCCAGCUGGCUUCGUACUGCAUGGCGGUGAGGACCGUAACGCAGACCUUCUGGAGAACCUGGACUGUGAACUCCUCGCGGACCUCGACAGCGACGCAGAGAAAAAGUUUGACGCUAUUAAAGUCAGGCAGAAAGAGACACUGCAAACUGAAAAUAGCCUCCCAACCUUACAUAAAGAGAGCAAGAAUCUGUCAGAGGCUUUGAAAUCCGAGUUAUCCAGGGCUGUGAACAAGAGCGUAGACUCAGUUCUUAAAAAGUUCACUUCUACAUUGUUGAGCCAAACAUCUCAAAUAAACUUUGAGCAGACUUCGGUGCAAGAUAAUACUGGACCUGAGAACAAGACCAUCAUCGUGGCUGCUCAGGAAUAUUCACACACAGAUGACUCAAUGAAACCUAGAUCUGCUGACUAUUAUGAGAGUGUGGAGGUGCAAAUCCCUGAAGACCAAACGGAGGCUUUGUCACUGGUGGUACGUAAGCCAACUCUAAGCCACCCAACGUCUGUAAACCAAGUCCUGAAAAGGCCAUUUCACUUACAUCAACCUUUACAGUUUAACUAUAACACCGCUUUACAUGAAAAUCAAAUCCUUGAACAUCUCCUGAAAUAUGGACCUCACAGCAGUUUUGGAACCCUGCCCUGUAUGACCCCAGCGAUGGACAGGUCUUCACCAGAUUCAGUAGACAUGCCUUGGGAUGUCAUCAAGGUGAGGUCCAAAGUAGGUCCCAGUCAUAUGACUCACCAGUCCCGUUCUCCGAACCUGGGGCAGAUACCCGUGGACAGCCUGUGCCUUCCUCAUGUCAAAAUGGAAUGUGGGGAUCUGCAUAACAUGGCAGACCGGAACUCUUACAUGUCACUAAAUAUUCAGGAAGGCCUAACACCCAAUCACCUGAAGAAGGCAAAGUUAAUGUUCUUCUACACCCGGUACCCCAGCUCCAACGUCUUAAAAACAUUCUUUCCAGAUGUCAAGGUAAGCAAAUUCAAUCGCUGCAUCACCUCUCAGCUGAUCAAGUGGUUCAGCAACUUCCGUGAGUUCUAUUACAUUCAGAUGGAGAAGUUUGCUCGCCAAGCCAUUUUGGAUGGAGUAACGAAUGUUAAAGAUCUGUCAGUUACAAGGGACUCCGAACUGUUUCGAGCCCUCAACAUGCACUAUAACAAAGCAAAUGACUUCCAGGUUCCCGAUAGAUUUCUCGAAGUCGCAGAAAUUACACUGCAAGAAUUUUUCAAUGCUAUUUCACUUUCAAAAGAUUCAGACCCCUCCUGGAAGAAAGCGAUCUACAAAGUCAUCUGUAAGUUGGACAGCGAGGUGCCUGAGGAGUUUAAAUCUUCAGCCUGCCUGUAAGAAGUCACCUACAGUACAGAUGGGCACAGCUGAAUACAGUGGCAUCAGGACAUUUUGUAUGAUCACCCACAUUAUUAAAGUAAUAAUCAGACCAACGGCAAUGGAGAUGUAAAUCAGUCAUCUUUUUUUUGUCAAAUUAACUGGAAACAUUUUUCACCUUUUUUACCUGGUUUUCAGGGUGACUUUUAAGUGGUAAAAAAAAAUAUAAGCAUGAUUUAAUGUGUUGUGGAUUUCAAAAGAUUUUCCACAGGAAUUGGUUAAACACAUCCUGGAAUUAAGCAUAAAUUAGUAAGAAAAAAAUAUCCUCGAUUCUAAGAAUGGAAAAAAAACAUUGCAAAAAAAAAGAAAACUAUCGCCUUAUUCAGUACAGAGAAAAAGAAAAAUGAUUUGAGCCAAUUACAGUACUUAGUUAUGCAGCUCUAAUAUUCAAUUAUAAAAGAAUGUCGUAUAUACCCUUGAAAACCUACAUGGACGAACUAUAUAUUAAUUGUUGUAUAUCCUUUCAUUUUUUUAUCAGUAUAUCUAAAUCAAAUGUACUUGGUUACUGAUCAUCACAAAAAAUCAUGUUAUGCCUGAUGUUUGCUUUUCACUUACAGUAUAUAAAAUAGGAUUUAACAGUAAUUGAGCCUAUGUAUUUUAAAAUAAAGAUUUCUUAUUUUCCUUAUUAAUAGAAGAAUGUGACUGGUGUGAAAAUUAGUAAGGAUAUCUUGUGUACACAAAUUGGUUUGGAAAACGCUUGCAUGUUCAUUUGCUAAUGUCAUUUUGACAUCACAAAUUUAAAUCAUUACAACUUUAGUUUCUAAUCUAUACAGACAAGUAUCAUGAAUAUCUUUAUAUCCAGUCAUGAAAAUCCUUUUUUCCCUGUUUUUUUUAAUAGUAAUAGUAGUUGUUGAUUAGACAACGUAAUCCAGAAAAUAAAGUUAUAUUUAAGCAGAUUGUUGACCUGCAUUGUAAGUACUCUUACUUGUAUUUUUUUACGAGACUGUCAUGUUUGUUUUGUUUAAAAAAUCAAUACAAUUUUUAAUGUUAAAAUUGUAGACAUGUACGAAGCAUCAGGGUGAACUUGCUGCAGCCUUGUUUAUAAUUGGAUGAAGGCACCAAGCUGUGCCUUACACAUCACAGGAUUGCUAAGUGAAUUAAUGAAUCCUAGUCCUUCAGGUACCACUACUUCUUUUUUAAUGGUCCUAAUGAGUGUUAAGAUGAAGGAAGCCAUGUAUGAGGGACAUAAUUAUACAGUAAUCUUAAUCUCGAAGACCAAUAACACAAUUCAACUGCAGUUAAAUGAAGCUACCAAAAAUAAAUUCUAUUGGCUGCUUGCUUGUUAAACACUGAUUGUAUCCUGCAUAACAUUCUCCUGUUUCUAAUUAAACUAAUUUAAGAAGCGAGAAAGAAUAAUUAAGGAAAUGCAAGGCUACUUGUUGUGGCAGUGCCUAGAGAAAUGUCAAGGAUGUUUAAAUUCCUUCUAGUCUUCUGAUUUUCAAUUUAAAUUUACCUUCAUAAGGAAUCAGAUUUGAGCGUGUUUCUAACCGGCUUAACAAAAAAAUGGCUGUAGAUGAUUUUAUAUAUUUUAAUCAUUUAAAUAAUUCCUACAGCAUUUAACGCACACCAGAGUGGCUCUGCACAGUAUGUAUAAGGAUGUGUUCAUAAAGAUAGAAACACCUGUGGGCAGCACACAACUAAAACAAAGGCCAGAAUGAUGAUUUAACCCACUGAAAAACAAAAUUGGGGCAAACAGCUUCCGUUUAGCUUAUACAGUAACAGAGGCUUGUCUGGAAAUUCAAGAAUGAGUCAUUAGACUUCAGCUUAUCAUUUAAAUAGGGGCAGUUUAUAGCACAUACUCGUUCAUUUUAUUCCUGUUCUUUUGAUCAAUGUCCUUCCACAUGCUUAUCUUCUACAAUCAAUAUCUUCUUGAUUGUACUCUGUACAUUUCCCCAUUGUUCUUUUCAUUUGUAACAUCAUGUUUUCAGAAGAGGAAUGGCUUCUGAAGAUUUCUCAGAACUGACUGUGGAGAAGUGUGAUGGGGAAGAAAAGCACCCAACAGUGUCUGAAACAAACUGAUACACAGCAAUUCACAUCCCCAUUUCAUUUCUUCACAACAGACCAAGAGGAAUCUGCUCAGGAAGAUCUCCUUUGAUUUGUUUGCCUCAAAAAAUAAAAAUCUUACAGGUUCCAUGACGACAACAGGCAGCCCGGUGACAUUACAACUGUCCUGUAAGGUCAUACUGAUGUGCAAAAGAUUGGGCUGAGCAUCAGACACAAAAGGCUUAAAAAAUGUCACAUCAAAACUGAAUGUUGUUUCUCAGGAUUACGUAUCCCAUUUUCAGAUACACAAAAACAUUUUCCAGAAGAAAAAGCUCCCUAUAUAAAAGGAUUGAAGAGAAGGAAUGGAAAGUGACACACUCAGACGUAUAAAUGUACACAAACGCAACAGAAGUGAAUUAAUGAAUAGAAAUGGUCUCUUCAACAUAUUAUAUUUAUAUGUAAAAAGUUAAUAACUAGUGUAAGCAUACUGUACACUUGUCUAAAACUUUAAUUUGUAAAUCAACAAUGUUAUUAACCACAGUGACAAAAGGUGGAUCAUUUUGUAGAAAUAAAUUAGUUUUAAAAUAGAUUUUGAAAUGGUUAAUUAGGUUUAGGUUAGGCUAAAGGAAAAAUAUGAAAGACCUGUAUUUAACAAUUGAUAAUUGUGCAUUCCUUAUAUAAAUUUGCAUUGCAUCUACGAAACAUGGUAAUACAUGGAUAAAGAUGUUUCCAGUGUUACAUCAUAAAGUGUUGAUUAGUUAGAAUUGUUAACAUUCUGUUAUCAUAUCAAUUAUCACUGCCAAAGACAGGGAUCAUUUUCUGCAGGCUCUUGCACAGUAUUGUGGCUAUUUUAUAAAUCUUUCACAAAGGGUUUUUCAACAUUAUAACAAAAUUAUUCCAUUGAUGUUAUUAAGUGAAGUGGAACCGAGUUAUUUCAAUUAAACAUUUUUUCCCCAAUCAUUUAACAAAAAAAAAAUGACCAGAAUAGCGGUAUUUUUAUGUACAGAUCUCAUUGACAUCAGAAAAGGCAAUACAAAUAUGUUUUUCUUAUAAAGCGUUCCCAAAACUAUCCAUAAUGUUAUCCAUAUGCAUACUGCAAGCAAAGACCUGAACAGAGCAUACUGAAGGCUUAAGAAAAUUAUGAGGUUACUAAAACGGGUUUAAGGAAUGUAAUCUUUCCAACUAGCCUCAGUACAAGACACUAGAAAGUAUAACUAUAAAACUGGUUAAAAGACAAUUUUGCACUAGUACUAAUCAAAUCUCUUACUUAUAUAGCUAUGAACUCAUGGAAUGCUUUAGCAGGAUUUAUAGUGGAGGCAGCGUGGGAUUAACACUGUGAUAUAUUCCCAUACUGUAUAUCACACACAUUUUCAUAUAUCACAAAUAUAUUAUUUAAAUUUGUAGAUGUUUUAUUUGAACCUCAUACGUUUUACUUACCCAGUUAUGAAUUCCACCAGUGAACCCCUAUAAAACAAAGUAUAGUUAAAAAUAAUUCAAGCAUAUUUUUCAAACUGAAGAUAAAAACUGCACAUAUUCCAGUGCGUUGAAGUAAUGGGAUAAAUACAUUAACGAUCUAAAGCAAACUGUACGGUCACUGCAAAUAUAAUCAAUAUACAUUUUCCCGAUCAAUCCCCACCUCUUAUACCUUUCACACAGUAAAAGCUAUUAGGUUUUUUUAAUUGCCUCCAAAAGAAAUACUGUUUUCAAGGAGUGGUAACCAGUCCGUAGGAAGUCAUGGAGUGCAGAAGAAAAUAAAGCCACAUGUGUAAACGCAUUCAAAAGCAAAUUUCUAAUAAUUACCUCAUAUAGCGCAAGGAAGGAGCCUGACAGAGAAAAAACGUGAAAACUAAUGCAACCUCACCAUUUUCUUUAAAUAAAAGUGUGCUGAUGUCAAUAUAAUAACUGUCAACUUUGAAAUUGGUUUGCAGUUCCAACAUUUGUCAAGGUUAAAAGAAAAACGGAGUGGAUUGAAAGUUAACCUCUUCAGCACACACAGAUGGAAAUUGGUGUCUUAGAAUGUCAAGCAUUUUUGACUUGUUAUACAUCAAAAUUACUAUUAAUUUAUCAGUUUGAUCCAAACAGGGAUUUGUAUUUUGGCAUUUGGAACUUAAUUCCCCAAAGUUCCACGCCAUAUAGAAGCAAUUCCUUUUAAAUACUUCACAUCUGUUUAAUGCAGGAACUCAAAAACAUUUAAAAAACUCAAAUUUUCAAGUUUUUAUUAGAAAGCAUUUUGAAAUCUUGAACCACAGGUACGAAAUAAGGUAAUGUAUUUACUUUAUAGUCAGAUUAAUAUUACACACACACCCACCAUUAAAACUCUCAAGACCUUAUCAUAUUUUAGUUCUUGAAU